UGCUACCACGCAAUCAUUACGAUUCAGUUUUUGCGCAUACUCCAAGCGAUGAGAAUGAAUUAUUCGUAUACAAUUUAAAUUUCUCACAUUCGCUUUGUUUUUCGUCGAAUGUUUGUGCAACGAAUUAAUUCAACUUCUUUUCGCCGGAAAUUGUUUUUUAAACCACAUUUUUUCACCCCAUUUAUUUGAUUAUUUAAAAAAAAUUAAACGAUGAUUUGGACGACGACAAUUUUUGUUUUAGCUAUACAUCUUCAAAUCGCAUACUCUCGAGAAUAUAUAUUGCGAUUAAAAUCGAACGCACCAGCAAUCAAAGGUUCUGUAGUUACAUUUACAGCCGAUUUACUUGAGAUGAAUGGAACGCUUGCAACUGUGGGCGAUACAACGUUAAAAUGGGAAUGGUUAAUUGACGAUCAUAAAAAACAGGAAUUCCGAUCGACAGUGCCACAUGUUGAAUGGACCUAUCACUUUCCGAGGCAUUCCAAUAAAAAUUUAAAUAAAACAUACAAAUUAGAAGUAACUGUUAGUUAUUGGUAUUUAUUUUUUAAUUAUAUAAUGGCUACCGCUAAAUUGGAGGUCAAUGUUACAUCUAUGUUAAACGGUGACCUGAAAUUGGUACAAGAUGGAAACCAAAUCAAAUCUAUGAAUAUUUCAACCGAAACUUUGCUCGAUCAAAGGCUUGACAUUCGGCACGAAGAUAUGCAUAGUUUGGAAAAUGCCACAAAUAUUGUUGUGCAUUGGUUUGUCGAUUGUCAUUAUGUGCGCCAAACAAAUGAAUUUAAAACUCAGCAAAUAUUCACUGAACCAAAUCGAACGCAUCGCAUUGAAGCUCUGGUCGAAGCAACUUUUAAACCGAUUCCAUCAAUAACAGUUCCAAAGCUCACGUCAAAGCUCAUUUCAAAUUGGCGAUCACAGCACAAAGCUGAUCUACCAUAUGUUUGUGGCAAUAAGUCCCAAACCGUACCGGACGGGGAGAACAUCUACGGACAUUUUGAAACAAAUAUCACAGUUUUUGAUGCAAUAUCGAAUUUGAUUGUUAACGGUUCAGCCUGGAUUGAUGAUGGUGACGAUUAUAAUCUCAAUAUUUUCUGCUCUGGUUCACCGAAUUUCGAAUACUGUAUUCAACAAAUUGACGGGCCAUACAUUUUGGAAGGCAACGAAACGUGCGACGAAUGGAUUACAAUCGAUGAAUGUCAACAAAAACAUAAAUUGCCACAGAGCGUGGUGAAUGUUAAAUCGUUCACCGUCCUAGUUAUCAUUCGCAAUGCCGUCUCAAUUCAACGAAAAAUAUUCGUUGUGAAUAUAAAACAGCCUGUCUUAAUUGUGGCCGCUGUGGUUGGCGCUAUCGUUUUCACACUAUGCAUUAUUGCGGCUGUUGUAUGUUGUUUGGUGCGGUGCAUUCACAAAAAAAGAAGUAUGAAACGGAAAUCAAUUCGUUCUGAAGCUGAAACCACACUCAUUGGACAAAAUUCAAUCAAAAUAUCAGAGACAAAACGGAUACCAAAUAAAAAUCAUCUCUAAAAUAAUGUGAAAUUGUAGAAUAAUAAAGUGACGUGUAUACUUCAAAGAAUAAAAAUCUUUAAUAGAAAAGGCACUCUUUGUACCUGUUUGUAACCAAAAAACAAAAAAACAAAUUUAUAAAUCAAAACAAUAAAUUAAAUUAACCAAUUUUUUAUGUGA